AUGUGUACCUUUCGAUGCCUACUGCUGGCGGUGGCGUUGUCGUUGGUCGCUUCGCCGUCUUCUUCGUCGUUUGCGCAAUACGCAGCUGGUCCGGCCAAGAUUUUUCCUCUUGAAAGGGCGUUUCCUCUCGACGAGCAAGUGGAGCUGAAUGAGCUCAGGGCGCGUGAUCGUGUCAGGCACGCGCGUAUCUUACUCAGCGGAGGCGGAGGCCGUCGCCGGAGCUCCAUCGGCGGCGUGGUUGAUUUCCCAGUUCAAGGCUCUUCCGAUCCUUUCCUCGUCGGGCUUUAUUUCACAAAGGUCAAAUUGGGAUCUCCUCCUACAGAGUUCAAUGUUCAGAUAGAUACUGGGAGUGACAUCUUGUGGGUUACUUGUGGUUCUUGCAGUAAUUGCCCUCGCUCCAGUGGACUUGGAAUAGAGCUCCAUUUCUUUGACGCUCCUGGCUCCUUGACUGCUGGCUCUGUGACUUGCUCAGAUCCGAUUUGUUCUUCAGCUUUUCAGACUACAGCAGCACAAUGCUCUGAGAAUAACCAGUGUGGUUACUCUUUUCGCUAUGGUGAUGGAAGUGGGACUUCAGGUUACUACAUGACUGACACGUUCUACUUCGACGCCAUUUUGGGAGAGUCUGUGGUUGCAAACUCAUCUGCUCCCAUUGCUUUCGGGUGUAGUACAUUUCAAUCUGGAGACUUGACAAAGUCACAAAAGGCAGUGGAUGGAAUAUUUGGUUUUGGCAAGGGGAAGUUGUCAGUUAUUUCUCAGUUGUCGUCACGAGGGAUUACACCGCCGGUGUUUUCUCAUUGCUUGAAAGGAGAUGGUAGUGGAGGUGGUGUCUUUGUCCUUGGCGAGAUCUUAGUCCCAGGAAUGGUUUACAGUCCUCUCGUCCCAUCACAGCCUCAUUAUAACUUAAAUAUGGUCAGCAUUGGGGUGAAUGGGCAGAUGCUGUCCAUCGAUGGAGUGGCGUUUGAAACAUCAAAUACACGUGGAACUAUUGUUGACACAGGAACCACUUUGACAUAUCUGGUGAAAGAGGCUUAUGAUCCCUUUCUCAGUGCUAUAACAAGUAGUGUGUCACAGUUGGCAACACCGAUCAUUUCUAAUGGAGAGCAGUGCUAUUUGGUCUCGACUAGCAUAAAUGACAUGUUUCCUCCUGUAAGUCUCAACUUUGCUGGUGGUGCAUCGAUGAUGUUAAGACCUCAGGACUACUUAUUUCAUUAUGGUUUCUAUGAUGGUGCGUCCAUGUGGUGCAUUGGUUUUGCGAAAGCCCCGGAAGAACAAAACAUUUUAGGAGAUCUUGUCCUUAAAGAUAAAGUCUUUGUGUAUGAUCUUGCUCGGCAACGGAUUGGAUGGGCAAACUAUGAUUGUUCGAUGUCUGUGAAUGUAUCGGUAACUUCAGGAAAGGAUUUAGUAAACUCAGGGCAGCCAUGCUUGAGCAUCUCAACAAGGGACAUGUUAUUAAGAUUCUUUUCUAGCAUCUUCUUGGCUCUACUUGUUUGUAUUUUCUUCUCCUUGACGUAA